UCCAAAUUAAUUCUUAACUUGAACAAAAUAAUUUCAAGUUUUUAUUUAAAAAAUGACGAGACACGGUAAAAACGCGACUGCGAGUUCUGUAUAUUCGUACCACGAGAAACAGAAAGACACGGAGCAAUCCAGCUACGGAACACAAGCUGCAAGACUCGGCAAAGAUUCAGUAAAAGAUUUCGAUGCGUGCUGUUUAACCCUCCAACCCUGUCGUAGCCCUGUGGUGACACCUCAUGGAUAUUUAUACGAGAAGGAAGCAAUUCUAGAAUACAUUGUCCACAAGAAAAGAUUGUUAGCCAAACAAUCAAAGCUUUAUGACAAACAAAAGAAACAAGAAGAAAAAGAAAUGAAGGAACUCGCUCAAGCAGAACAUCGAAGUAAAGUCGAGAAAUUCAUGAAACACGAGAAAUCGAUUGUGAGCAAAAGUAAUGAAGCGUUUAAGUUGAAAACGGAGGAAAAAACUGUUGAAAUCAAGCCUUCCACCAGCCAAGUCUUCGAUAAAUACGACAAAAAUGUUCCAAGUUUUUGGAUCCCAGCGUUGACUCCUCAAGCUAAAGAAGCGAAGAUAAAGAAACCCGAUUCAAAGGUCUACUGCCCAAUGAGCAACAAACCAAUCAAAAUGAAGGAUUUAAUUCCUGUCAAAUUUACACCAAUCGCUGAUCGGGAUAAAAAGACGUCAAUGAUUUCAAAAAAGGAUCGUUGGAUGUGUGCGGUCACCCAUGACACGCUUGGAAACUCUGUCCCAAGUGUGGUGCUUCGCCCGACGGGGGACGUAGUGACCCUCGAGUGCGUCGAUAAAAUAAUCCGCAAGAACGGGAUGCGGCACCCGGUGACCGACGAGGUUAUGUCCGAGAAUGACAUCAUACCACUCACUAGAGGGGGCACCGGGUUUGCGAGCACAAACGAGGUUUUGGAUUCCAAAUCGUAUCGACCGGUUAUAAUGGCGUAAAUGCGGUGUACAACCUGCACACAUCUACACGGAGUCCUAACAAUAUGAACGACAACAAGGCAGUGACAACCAACGCAACACAUGUUUUUUGAGACCCCCGUUUCUCAAACUACCAAACAAACAUAAUUUCACUUUUAAAUUAUAAUUAAAAAUACCUUAGUGUUAAUGAAUGUAAUGUAUUUUUGUUAAACAAUUGUACGUAAUAUGCACUGUAAUAAUAAAUAUCAAUUCACAAUCUGGUCAACGUAUUUUAAACCAGUGGUUUUUAAACUGUAGGUCACGGGUGCGUCGCAGGUCCAACAAACUUUUCCAAAGCAUCGCAGCGUAACAGUUUGAAAACUGCUGCUUAAAACAAAUUUAAUAUUUUUAUAAGUUCGUGAUAUUUAAAACGUUUUUGUGAACUUUAUGUUUCUGCCGCGUUGAUAAAUAAACGAACCAUUGAUGUAA